GAGUGCUAACAAUUGCCUACUUUAAAAAGUGUGUAUGAAUUAAAUCGUGAGACACUUGGAAUGAUGCUUAGCACAAAAUAAUAUCAAACGCAGGGCCGUUUUAUUUGUGUUCUGUUACCCAAAGGCAUACAUUAUGAAAUAUAUGGAUGCUCGCUGGAGAAACUGGCACACUCUAGAAAGCGUUGCUUCCCCCGUUUGUUUCUCUUGGUGUGUAGGGAGUGAGUGACAAAAAGCCUCAAGUAACCAACCUUUUUUUAUCUCUAGUGUUUGGAGGGUUCUGGAAGUAAACAUCAUAGUUCGCCGUUGCCAGGCGCUGUUGAGUUGUUGCCUUGCUCUUAUCUAGGGGUCUAGGUGGCCUUCCCUGCAACCCCUGCCCCCCGCUCCCCCGCCCACCCCGCGUUCCCGCCCACGCCCCUGCUCCCGCGCCCUCGCCCCAGUUCCCGCGCCCUCGCCCCAGUUCCCGCGCCCCCGCCCCUCCCCCCGCACCCUCCCCCAGUGUUCGCAAUAACGGACUUAGAGGUCUGGACAAUUCAAGUAGGGAACAAGGCUCGCUUAUCCAAGUAACCGCAGGAUAAAAGUUUGUUAGGAAGGAUUUCACAUGGUUUCUCUUUAUCAGAAAGUUGUUAGGGACUUUUAAUCACAGAAUUGGCCUCGGGUGCCCACUCUCUAGUAUUGAAAUGGCGCUUUUGGGACAAAUAAGCAACAUCCGUGGGAGUGGAAAGCAAUAGACCAGAUUCCGGAAGCAUUACAGCUAGGCGCCAAGUUCACAGGCGCGAAGUUCAAAUUUGCCUCGUGACCACACUGUGAUAGGUGGGUACAGGGGAGCGCGGGCGGGCACACGUGAGUUCCUACCGCCCCCUAGGUCUGGGCACUAUAAAAGGGCCUGCGCCUGGCGUUGUUCAUCGCAGUUGCUCGGGAUCUUUGCACAUACUCCACAGGCCGUUGGAGGUGAGCUGCUGCCGGCCACGCCAGAGGCUGCAACACCAGACAUGGAUGGGUACAAAGAAGAGCUGCCCCGUUUGCAAGACCCAGAGGAGGACGAGGAUUGUUACAUCCUUAAUGUUCAGUCAAGCAGUGAUGACACCAAUGGGUCUUCUGUGGCCAGAACAGUUCCAAGGAGACAGGUCAGUUGCAUCCUUAAUGUCCGGUCAAGGAGUGGUGACACCAAUGGGUCUUCUGUGACCAGAAGAGCUCUGAAGAGACAGGCGAGUUGCAUCCUUAAUGUCCGGUCAAGGAGUGGUGACACCAAUGGGUCUUCUGUGACCAGAAGACCUCCGAAGAGACAGGCCAUCUCUGUGGUAGUGAUUGACUCUGAUUCUGAUGACGAAUGUUACACCUAUGAGGAGAAGAAAGCUAAGUUAUUGGAAAUAAACAGCGACGAUGAGAGUCCAGAGUGUUGUUAUGUGAAGCCUGCCAUCCAGGAACCUCCAAUAGUUAUUAGUGAUGAUGACAAUGACGACAACAACAGUAAUGAUUUGGAAGUUCCCAACAAAAACAGCAACGAUUCGGAAGCUCCCGACAACAACAGCAAUGAUUCGGAAGCUCCCGACAACAACAGCAAUGAUUCGGAAGCUCCCGACAACAACAGCAAUGAUUCGGAAGCUCCCGACGACAACAGCAGUGAUUCAGAAGCUCCCAACGACUACAGUAGUGAUUCGGAAGUUCUCAAUGACAACAGUAGUGAUUCAGAUGUUCCCGACGACAACAGUAAUGAUUCGGAAGCUCCCGAAGACAACAGUAAUGAUUCGGGAACCCCCGACGACAACAGUAAUGAUUCGGGAACCCCCGACGACAACAGUAAUGAUUCGGGAACUCCCGACGACAACAGUAAUGAUUCAGGAACUCCCGACGACAACAGUAAUGAUUCGGAUGUUCCCGACGACAACAGUAAUGAUUCGGAAGUUCCCGAGGACAACAGUAAUGAUUCGGAAGUUCCCGACAACAGUAAUGAUUCGGGAACUCCCGACGACAACAGUAAUGAUUCAGAUGUUCCCGACGACAAUAGUAAUGAUUUGGAAGUUCCCGACAACAAUAGUAAUGAUUUGGAAGUUCCUGUGCCAGCAGAAGAUUUGUGUAAUGAAGGCCAGAUUGCCUCAAAUGAAGAAGAGCUGGGUGAGGCUGCUGUCUCCCAGCACGAUUCAUCUGAUGAUGCUGGUGAGCAGAAUCUUGGUGAGAAUCUCAGCGAACCACCAAAUGAUCCUGAGGCUAACCUUGAAGUUUCAGAGAGAAAGCUGCCAGCUGAGGAAGAGCCUGCACCUGUGGUGGAACAAUCAGGGAAAAGGAAGUCAAAAACCAAAACUAUUGUGGAGCCACUAAAACAACAGAAGGCAAAAACCAAAACUAUUGUGGAACCGCUGAGGAAAAGGCAGGCAAAGACCAAAAAUAUAGUGGAGCCACUGAAGAAGAGGAAGGCAAAAACCAAAAAUGUAUCUGUGACACCUGCUGGUAAAGGACGUAAGAAGCGUGGACCUUCAAAGAAGAAACACGGUGCGGCAAAAGUUAAAAAACGCAAAACUAGGACUCGUAAGUGCAAAGUCCCUGGAUGUUUCUUGCAUGGCCUUGAAAAAUCAAAGAAAUACUCUGGAAAAAAUUUAAAGCGAAAUAGGGAUGAAUUGGUUCGGAGAAUCUAUGAUCUGUUUAACAGAUCCGUCUGUGAUAAAAAGCUGCCAGAGAAACUACGGAUAGGCUGGAAUAACAAGAUGUUGAAAACUGCUGGCUCAUGCAGCACUGGUGAGAUGUGGCACCCAAAGAGGCAGCGCUUUGCCGAGAUCCAGAUUGGCUUGAAAGUCUGCGACUCUGCAGACCGAAUCCGGGAUACUUUGAUCCAUGAAAUAUGCCAUGCUGCCUCCUGGCUGAUUGAUGGUAUCCGUGAUUCUCAUGGUGACACAUGGAAGUAUUAUGCCAGGAAAUCCAACAGGAUACACCCGGAGCUGCCCAAGGUCACCCGUUGCCAUAACUAUAAGAUUAACUACAAGGUCCAUUAUGAAUGUACUGGGUGCAAAACCAGGAUUGGCCGCUACACCAAAUCGCUGGACACCAGCCGCUUCUUCUGUGGCAAAUGCAAGGGGUCUCUGGUCAUGGUGCCGUUAACUCAGAAACAUGGGACCCGUUCUGUGCCCCACGUAUGACCAUUUGCUGUGUAUGUGCAGAAGUAUUAUAGAAAAAUUAAGCAGGAGAUGGCUAGGAUUAGCCACGGGGAUAUGAUGAAAACACUUGGCAGGAAUUACAAGGCAGUGAAGAAUUCUUAAAGUUAUCUGAGAGUAUAUUCAUGUGAGCUAUAUCCUUUACUGGUAAGAAGUUUUAGAAAAAUUUGUUUUUGUGAAGUUAGGAAUAUUAGAAUUUAGGUACUGUUAAGUAAGUAGUAGUAGAAUUUAAGAUUCAUGUUAUUAAUGAUAAUUGAUCUUAACCAGGGACUCUGUUGCUAACUAUUCUGUGCCCUUGACAGGGUAUUUCUGAAGCCCUUGGGAUCUACCUUGGGUCUUACUUGAGUUCCAUAUUUUUCACAUGUAGGACAAAAUGCAAAAGAAAAGUGAGUUUUCAAGAGUGGCAGGUUGAGAGAAAGAGGAGAACGCUGGAAAGAGGACAAGUUUUAGAGGCAACACUUAAAUACCAGGGCUACUGUGACAUCUAUGUAGACAGGAAAGACAAACGUGUUUCAUAAAAUUCGUUGCUGAUGGUAUUGAUUGAAACUAUCUGAGCCAUGUAAUCAAAAAAUAAAGUUUUCUGCAUCUCA